GAAAAAACUUAGGUUUCAAAAAGAAGAACACGCACUCUCUCUCCCCACUACUGCAAGUAGCGAACAAAAAUGUCGACGACGGCGAAGAGAGAUCUGGAAACCAGAUCGCCGGCGACAAUGUCCUACCGGAGCAAUUCUUCACCACAGCCUUCGCUGCCGUUGGUGGUCACUCUCAACUGCAUCGAAGACGCGAGCAUCGAACAGGAAUACCUGGCCGGCAUCGCACGUGUCGAGCACGUACCUCUGAGUCUACUAGCAGAGGCGAAGAUCGAGUCUGCUGCAGCUGUUCUUCUACACUCGCUCGCGUUUCUACCACGUGCCGCCCAGCGCCGGCUCCGACCAUGGCAGAUCGUGCUAUGCCUCGGCUCGUCUGAUCGCUCCGUAGAUUCUGCUAUUGCCGCUGACCUAGGGCUUGGUAGGCUUGUACACGUGGACGUGUCGCGAGCUGAGGAGGUUGCUGAUACCGUGAUGGCUUUGUUUCUAGGGCUACUUCGGCGCACACACUUGCUUUCACGCCAUGCGCUUUCGGCAUCUGGAUGGCUCGGGUCAGUUCAGCCACUUUGCCGUGGAAUGCGGCGGUGCCGAGGCCUUGUGCUAGGGAUUAUUGGCCGGUCUGCUUCUGCCAAGUCUUUGGCUACUCGGAGUUUGGCGUUUAAGAUUAGUGUGCUCUAUCAUGAUGUCAAUGAGGAAAAAGGAAAAAGAUUAAGCAGGUUUCCUCCUGCUGCCAGGAGGAUGGACACUCUCAAUGAUUUACUUGCUGCAAGUGACCUCAUCUCACUCCAUUGUGCCCUAACAAACGAUACAAUUCAGAUUCUAAAUGCUGAAGCACUGCAGCAUGUCAAGCCAGGGGCGUUUCUAGUAAAUACCGGUAGCAGCCAGUUAUUGGAUGAUUGUGCAGUAAAACAGCUUUUGAUUGAUGGCACGCUUGCAGGGUGUGCUCUUGAUGGAGCCGAAGGGCCUCAGUGGAUGGAAGCAUGGGUACGCGAGAUGCCCAAUGUUUUGAUACUUCCCCGUAGUGCAGAUUACAGUGAAGAAGUUUGGAUGGAAAUUCGUGAAAAGGCUGUCUCCAUAUUACAAACUUUCUUCUUGGAUGAUGUCAUCCCCACAGACGCCGUUUCAGACAACGAUGAAGAGGAAAACAAAACACUCCAUGAAGAUGAAGUAAGUGAUAAACAAGGAAAAGACAACAACACGUUUCAACUAACAGAUGAUCUAAAUAUAAACAUAAAGCAAUCAUCGGCAUCCUCAAGUCAACUGCAAGAGUCAACGUUAUCACAAACUACUUCCCCUCAAUCUGAAGUCAAACGCAGUAAAAAAGCUAAAAAAAGACACGCGCGUCAAAAAUCCAUGCAUAAAGUUGGUGAAAGUUUAGAAAAAAAAGAAGAUGAUACUGCCAUGAGUUCCAGUUCACAAUUUGGUUCCCCUGAUAAUGAAUCAAGAAGUAAAAGAACACCAGUAAAAUCUGGUAGUAAAAAGUCACUUGAGAUGUUAAAAGAUGGGUGUGUUAUUUCUUUGCAAGCAAGAGAUCGGGCUGCAUUUCAUGUGUCUAGGCAGAGAGCUCAAGGUGGUGGCUGGUUUUUGGACACGAUGUUGAAUGUGACUAAAAGAGAUCCAGCAGCACAGUUUCUUGUUGUUUUUAGAAGCAAGGAUACGAUUGGCUUAAGAUCUUUCACUGCUGGUGGAAAAUUGUUGCAGAUAAAUAGAAGAAUGGAAUUUGUAUUUGCUAGUCAUAGUUUCGACGUGUGGGAGAGUUGGACUUUUGAAGGGUCUUUGGAGGAAUGUAGACUUGUCAACUGUAGAAAUCCAUCUGCUGUUUUAGAUGUACUAAACAACCCUACUACUUUGAUUGGCGCAUUCUUUGUGUUGAGGUUGUAAGUCUGUCAAGUGUCCCUACUCCCUCCCACUUGUGAUCCAUCCCUGUUGUGUAUGAUUGAUUUCAUUAGCAUUCUUCUCCCUUACCCAGUUGUUUAUGAUUUUAUUCAUGUAUUCUUCUUUGCCAUGAGCUUGUUUGUAAUACCUUUUUUUUUUUCAAUUUA